AUGGAGGCUAUUCGAGUUUUCGUGACUUGUAAUCCAAAUCCUACUCUUCUAGGAGAUGUCUAUUACUCUAUCCACUUUAGGAGCGAGAAGAAAGGUGGAUGGGUCUGUUGUUGUGCACCUAUACUAUACAACUGGUUUAUUUCGUACUUGCCGCAGUCCACUCUAUACAAUAAGGACAAUCUCAUUAAGGACAUAGUAUGGCACAAUGCAGCCUAUGAUAUUGGGACAAUUGUAGUAAGUUAUGGAGAAUUCCCCAGCGUGCCUCUUAUUGAAGUUCCUGCUAACCAUCACAAAUAUCCAACAAGAGCUAAUAUUCAAAGGGUGGAUGCUCUCGAACAAGCGAACUGUGAACUGCAUGAAGAGAUUUUUUCUCUCCUUGCCAGCCAGGAGAGACAAGAUGCAUUGAUUGACAACUUGAUGGCAAGGUUGGAGCUCAUACCUACCACUCCUUUGAAUACAACCGUGUCCGCAUCGGUUGUCUCUGAUACUUUAAUUCCUAUCACAACUAUUGUUACCACUAUUGCGACUACCGGUUUCGCACCACCAGUACCUGACAAGUUACCUAGAUGGUAUAAACCUAAUGAAUGUUGUGCUUUCCACUCCGAUGCGCCAAGGCAUGACACUGAAAAUUUCUUAGUAUACAAAGGAAAAGUCCAAGAGCUUGUGAGAUUGGGGUUGAUCAAGUUUGGUGACUCGCCAAAUAUGAAAACCAACCCAUUUCUUGAGCAUGUGGCAAUAAAUGUGAUUAUCGAAGAAGAGAAUUUGCUUAUGGUUGUCCUGAAAGUGAGGACUCUGCUGGUGCAUGUGCACCUUAAGCUGUUCAAAGCUGGUAUUCAAGAGCAAGAUCAUGAGAAGUUCUCGGUCUUUUUAAGGACUCUAAAGGUUAGUGGAAAGAAGAAGAACGAUGAAGUAUCUAUCAUAGUGCGUGUCUUUAGAAAGCCCAAAGCUUUUGAGAUCUUUCGUCCACCCAGAGAAGGUACAUCUCCCGCCAACUAUGCUAAGCGUUUGGACAUCAAGAUGCCGAAUCCUUUUCCCUACAAAUCCGACAAAUGGUCUCACGAGAACGGAAGGGUUUUCGCUCCUGUUGGUCUUAGAAGUGGGAAUCCCGACAAUGGUAAGGCUCCGUUGGUCAUUCUUGAGAGCGGACCUGUACCAUACGUAGAUGGUGAAGAAUUUUUGCGCCUAAUACAGAAGAGUGAUUAUAAGGUGGUAAAUCAUCUUCUUCAAACCCAGUCGAAGAUAUUUGUUUUAUCUUUGCUCUUAAACUCUGAAGCACACCGCAAGGCCCUGUUGAAAGUCUUGGGGCAAGCCUACGUAAAUCCAGAUGUCACGGUUGAUCAAUUCGACCAUGUAGUUAGGAACAUUACGUCUUGUAUCAUACUAAGCUUUUAUGAUAAUGUGUUACCCACCGAGGGUAAAUAUCACAACAAUGCAGUCUACAUAUCCAUGGGUUAUCAAAAGGACUCUUUGUCACAUGUUUUGGUUGAUACCGACUCUUCUUUGAAUGUAAUGCCAAAGAUUACCCUCGCCAAAUUGUCCUAUAUUGGAGCCGACAUCAAACCAAGCGAUGUUGUUGUGAAGGCCUUUGAUGGUUCAAGAAGGGCUAUAAUGGGUGAAAUUGUAUUGCCGAUGAUGGUGAGUCCGCAACAAUUUCAAAUCCUCUUCCAGGUGAUGGGCAUUAACCUCAGUUACAACAGUCUUCUUGGGAGACUGUGGAUUCAUGACGCAGGCGGCGUCACAUCCACACUGCAUCAGAAAUUGAAAUUCGUCCAAAAUGGUAAGCUUGCCAUUGUUUAUGGUGAGCAAGUCCUGAUGAUCAGUCAAUUAUCUACUUUCAGAUACAUUGACGUAGAAGAGGACGUUGUCACCAUCCAAUUCCAAGGGCUUGAAAUUGAAAAUGCAAUGAAGAUUGAGGACCUCGAUGAGGAGGUUAAGGUGGGAACUUCUGUGGCAUCUCUGAAGGACACGCAGCAAGUGGUGGCCAGUGGCCAAGCCUCGGGGUUGGGGUAG